AUGAAGUUUCUUGCUGUUCUUUUGGCUGCCGCAGCCCUGAAUGCUCCUGCCCUCGCUGGCCCUGUCACCCGGGCUGAUACGGUUAUUUGCGAGCCUCGCCAGGACACUGAGACUGGCAAAAUCAAGAAAUUUACAGUUGACGUCGGCGUAGCCGAGGAUCAAGCCAAGAAGGCUGGUCUUACAACUGGCAAAAGCGGUGAUCCGCACAGAUACAUGAACGGGGAUAAUAUCAAUUUUGGUAUUCAUAACUGCGACAAGGAAGGGGCCAUUCUUUGGGAGUAUCCCAUUUACUGGGUUGGCAAGAAAGCAGAGUGGAAGAAGGAUGAGAAAACCGACAGGCAGCCUGGCGGCCCUACUCUUAUUCGUGUCGUGUAUGCGAACAACAAUGGCAACAUCGUGUACUGCGGUGUUAUGACUCAUGCCGUUGUUAACAGCAACAAUCAGGGAGAGAAGUUCUUCCUGAAGUGCACCUGA